CGCCUGCCCGCAGGCCUGCGGAGCUCCCGGAGCGACGCGCUGGGCUCCCGCCGGGGCUGAGGGAUUGCGGCGCCCCGACUUGCGGCGGCGGCGUGGGACACCCAGAGAAGGCGAGGCUCGAACCCAAGAGCAGCCAGUAAAAAACAGCCCCCGGCGGUGCCUGCCCGGCUGCCGCGCGUCGCUUAUGCUUGUUCGGGGGACUCAGUCGCGGCGGCGGAUCCCGCAGGAUGACGGGCUAUGAGGAGUCCUAAAGCGGCGUCGGGGCGGGCCGCCGCGGGCAGCGAUGAGCCUCGGCGGGCCGGUGCCGGAGGGGAGGCCGGGGGCCAGGUGAGCGCCGGCCCCGCGCCGCCGGACGCCCGCAGCCCACUGGAGCAUCGGGCGGCGCCUGCCCGGACCGCCGCGCCCGGCCGCAGGAGGAGCCAGGCAAGGGGAGGCGACAAGAUGGGGUAUCGGGUGGCAGCUGGAGCUCUGUCCAUGGUGCUGCUGCUGGGGCUGGGGCUGCCACCGGGCACCCUGGGCUGCCCCCAACCCUGCGCCUGCUACCUGCCCACCGAGGUCCACUGCACCUUCCGCUCCCUGGCAGCUGUGCCUGCACGGAUCGCUAAACAUGUGGAAAGAAUCAACUUCGGGUUUAACAGUAUCCAGUCUAUAUACGAAAACUCCUUUGCAGGACUUACAAAAUUGGAAUUGCUCAUGAUACAUGGAAAUGACAUUCAAAAUAUACCUAAUGGUGCUUUGAAAGAUCUCGUAUCUCUACAGGUUUUCAAAAUUAGUUACAAUAAGUUGAAAGCCAUAACUGGCCAAACUCUCCAAGGACUUUCAAGCUUAAUGAGACUGCACAUGGACCACAACAGAAUUGAGUUUAUUCAUCCAAAUGCUUUUAAUGGAUUAACUUCUCUGAGACUGGUCCAUUUAGAAGGAAAUUUGCUCCAGCAGCUUCACCCCAACACGUUUUCAACAUUUAUGGUCCUUGAUUAUUUCAAACUGUCAACAGUAAGACAUCUCUACCUAUCUGAAAAUGCUCUUAGGACCUUGCCUGCAGGGAUGUUUCAAGGCAUGCCGCUGCUGGAAAAUCUUUACCUUCAUGGGAAUCCAUGGGCCUGUGAUUGCAGUUUAAAGUGGCUUCUUGAAUGGAAUGAAGUUUCUGGAGGUGUUUUAAAAUGCAAAAAGGACAAAGCCUAUGAAGGAGGACAGCUCUGUCCAAAGUGCAGCAGCCCAAAACAACUGCAGAAAGAAGAUAUGCAAAACUUGAAAGAUAUUUCCUGUAGGAAACCUGUCAUUCAGUCCUCACUGAGGCAAAAUAGCAGCACUCAACAUGAAGAAGAUGGUGACAGUUAUGAGCUCCCUCUGGAAGAACUUCAGUCCUCUCCGUGGAACAUUGCGCUAAAUAUGACUGAUGAGCAUGGCAAUAUAGUCCACCUGAACUGUGAAAUCAAAAAACCAACAGGUUCUACCAAAAUUCAGUGGAAUCAAAUCCAGACUCAGGAGAUAGAUAUAAAUGCUACAAUAUCACUGGAUUUUGAAUGUCCCAUGAAUCGAGAAAACUAUGAAAAACUAUGGAAGCUUAUAGCUUAUUACAGUGAAGUACCUGUCAAGUUAGAGAGGGAAAUUAUGCUCAGAAAGGAGCCUAAAAUAAGCUAUCAGUACAAGCAAGGCUCAGAUUAUGAUGCUCUUUACUACACAGGUGUAAAAGCUCAAAUCAUGGCUGAACCUUCCUGGGUUAUGCAACCUCUUAUAAAUAUCCAAUUAAAUCGACGCCAGAGUACAGGGAAAAAAGUGGUGCUAUCUUUUUUUACUGUGCUUUCUCAGACAAUUCAUGCCAAAAACACCAGGCAGCAGAGAAACUGGGUGAUGAUAGAGCAAAACCAGAGCACAGGGACAGCACAGAGUGCGGUGGAAGGGUCAGAGUGUCAGCUGAGCUGCAAUGUGAAAGCUUCUGAGAGCCCCUCCAUUCAGUGGCUCUUUCCAGAUGGAACUAAACUACAGGCGCCAUUUAAUCAGAAAGACAGUAGGUUUUCCAUUCUCAGUAGCGGCCAACUAAUCAUAAAAGCAGUGAGUUACACUGAUGGAGGUGUGUAUCACUGCAUCGCCCAAGUGAGAGAUGAUGUGGACAUAAUGGCUUACAGACUUCUAGUGCAGCCUCCAGCUAUUCAGGCAGCUGAUUCAGAUGUAGUGAGAGUUGAAAAAAAUGUUGGAGAGCCAAUAGUUUUACCGUGCAAUGCAGUUGCCAGCCCAGACCCACAGUUGAGUUGGAUUCUUCCAAACAGUCAGGUACUCAAUGAUUUAUCAAACUCUUCAAAAGGCUAUAUGCUGCAUAAUGGUACUUUACUUAUUCCAAGAAGCCAUGUCAGUGAUAGUGGCCAUUACAGAUGUGUGGCUGUCAAUGUGCAGGGGUCGGAUCAAUUUGUUGUAAGGGUCACAGUAAAUAAAAUGGUGUCUGACAGGUCAUUUAAACGAAUAAAACUAAAAAAGCGCCCAGGCUCAAAGCGUUUGUCAAAAACAAGAGGGCAGGUCGUAGAGGAUGGAGAGGGAUCAGGGGCAGAGGGAGUGCAGGACUUCCUACGAAGAAAGAACCACCUAAAAGACUGGGAAAUACCUUUUAAACAAAAAAGUGACCAGGUGCCAGAGAGUCAAAUUAAAAAGGGGAAGAAAGGCAGAAGGAAAAUGAAAAUCUGGAAAAGUACGGAUAGAACCCAAGACAGCAACAUUGCAGAAGGUCGGAGAGUAUUUGAAUCUCGAAGGAGAAUUAAUGUGGCAAGCAAGCAGAUUAAUCCACAGCAUUGGGCUGACAUUUUGGCAAAGGUCCGUGGGAAGAAUCUUCCUAGAACGACAACAGCUACAACCAUUUCUGUAACAACUGCACUGUCGUCAAUCAUGCAGAACACUACUCCAGUCCCUCAUCCAGCAGCCAGCCCUCCACCUUCAGAGACAGCAGCGGAUGUGGUAGACUCUUCUGCUGAUGCAUCACCUGUGGGUGAAGAUGAGCCAUUUUCAGUCACUGUUUCACACAACACAGAAGCAUUUUCAGUCCAGUCCAUAUUAAUGAGGUCAGAAACUGAACCGUUCUCCAACCACAGGGCUUUAGAAACAUCUGCAAGUAUAGACACUGUAGGAAUUGCUGUAUCAGGUCCAUAUUUGACUCCUGUCUCUGCAACUUUGCAACCCCAUGGCAAGCAGCAUCUUGAUGUCAGGACUGAUGAUUCAGCUGUAUUCAAAGAAAAUAUCCAUGCUUUCACUGAAGAACCUCUAACCAGACAAAUUGUGACAAACAUUCCCAAUAUUCAGAGCAGUUCAUUCACAGUAGAAAAUGCCGAUAGAACUUCUGUAUCUGAAGAAAAUUCUGCUUUUGCUGAGCUACCACUUGAUGCUACUCUCCUAGCUGAAUCUCAGACUGUGGAUCUUCACAGAGUCUUGGAGACAAGCAUGAAGUUAAAUGAAGUGGACCCAAUGAGUGUUGACACCAUAAUUUUAACACCACCUCAGUUGGACAAGAUCAGCCUAACAGAUUCUCUGGGUACUACUACCAUUUCUUCAUCUGCUUCACCAUUUGUUACAGAGGAGAGCAAUGACUCGAGAUACCAGCACAAAGAAACAUCCACAACUCAGAUGAAAAUGGUGGACUUGAGUACAAAUUUUCCUGCUUUCACAUCCAUCAGGGUCCAGAGCAAGGAAGAACCCAAGACCCACAGGAAUACAGUGAUUCAAGAAAGCACGUCCAGCAGUUAUGCAGACAAUUCUCAGGCACAAGAACAUAGAAGCCUGGCUACUUCGAAACCAGAUCCGGUGGUCAUUUUGCAUAGUGCUAAUGUUCUUCAUAAAACAGCAAAGAGGAUAAAAACUGCUGCUUCCAUCAAUAGACUGACCACUGUGGCCACCACAACAGUUCCAUAUAGAAAGACCACGCCUUCACUUAUUACUCAGCAUGGUAGAAAACGGCCUUAUGGGAGAAGGAGACUGAGACUAAACAGAAUCCGGCAAAGACCAAGGCCUUUGCCCCCUGUUGUUUUAACCACUGAGGCAAUGCCUGUCAUUCCAAGGACACCUGAAGUUGAAGCUGUGACUAGAACUUCUUCCGCAACUCUUGAAAGUCCUGAUCUUAAAAACAACGAGGAGCAUAUGGAAUCCACUCCUUCAUUAGUUCUUGAUCUGGCUGAGAAAAUACCCAAAAUCAGAGACGUGGUUACAACUUCCUCCUUUAGGGCUACUGCUUCUCCACCUGAAGCUAAAAAUGUGACACACUCUACUACUCCUGAAACCUCGGCACUUCCAGUGACUGCACCCAUCACAAUUUUAACAUCAUAUGUUGUACAUGAUGCACUUCCCACAAAAGAGUCAAGUGUACCUCUUGUACCAGAGCAAAGUGAAGUGCCAGCAUACCACUCAUUAGACAAUGUAUCUGAGGAGAAAGACAUGAAAGCAGAUUCUAAAACUAUGGAUAGUAAGGCAGAACAAUCAAGCACAACUUCUGCACAUAGGAACAGCUUGAUACUAUCUGCAAAACCAAAAUCUCAGGAAGAGCCUAUACUGUUUGACUCAGAAGUUGUGGUUGAUGAAACGACUGCUGGAACGUUUCAGCUGAUACAUCCCACUAUGACUGACUUAAAUAUUCCUGUUGGCACAGUCAAAGUUUUUAAGGACCUCUCAGUUUCAAAGGAGCCAUGGAAGCCCACAGAAACACCAGCAAAAACUGAGCCAUCUCAGCAACAUGAGAUAAUUACUUUGUCUUCCUCCUGCAGCACAGCAGAAACUCAGACUUUUCCAGUUAGAGAGACAAAGAAAUCCAUUACUUUUAAGGCUGGGACAAAGCCAUCUACCUUGGAUAAAAAGGAAGCUGUGUCACAUAUGUUUCAUCAUUUGCAGACAACUGAAAAGCCUCCAAUUACAUCCACUGCCUUUAUUCCAUUUAUAAAACUUGCUACUCUUCCUCCUUCCAUUUCAAGCACUUCACAUCCUUCUCUUCAUUACACCACCAAGGAUACUAAUGCCUUCAAUCAAGAAAGGUUCCCAGAAAAAAACCAAGUUGGAGCAGGUGGUGACAAAAUGGUGAUAAACUCAAGACAGAGUGUUCACCCUACUCCUUCCUCUAACCAAAACAGGAUUAGCAUACAGUCAAAAGAGGAUCAGUUCAAAGAGUUAUAUAGUAGCAAGUCAAACAACAGUUUACUGCUAAAUCCAAAUCUUCCCUAUCCACCUGCUGGAAUGAUACCAAGCUUAAACCAAAGACUGCCUGUUGUGCCUCCAAAGCACAUUCCAGUAAGAGGCACAGUGAAGCUUCCUGUAACACAGGGUCCGUUUCGCUAUUUUAUAACACAUCAGCCUCUUCACUACACAAACAAACCAGAGAUAACAGCAUAUGCAGCGCAUACUAUCCAAGACAAGAAAACUUUUGCCUCUCAGAGAGAAACAACUACCCCAACACAAGCCUCUCCAUUUCACAGAACAAAUCCAUUCACUGAAAGCACGUUCAUUAGUCAGGGUCAGAACAGAUACAAUAUUAAUUCAAGAUUUUUUGGAAAUAACUAUGUUCCAGAUAACAGAGGCACAGCAGGGAGACUACCAAGUCAAGGGAUCCCCUAUUAUCCCAGUUCCAGAAUACCAUUCCUUUUCAACAGAACAAGGAUAUUCCCUCACUUAAGUAUGCACCCUAAACCAGAGGUCCCUAGUGAACUUGUCCCAAAAGACACAAAUGAGAAGAAGGUCACUCAGGUCUUCCCUACUAGGAUUACAGUGCAGAAAGCUACAGCUAUGCCAUUGCCUCCAAUGCCACAUGCAACAACGACCACAUUACCACCAGUGAUCUUAAAGAUUACCCCCCCAGUCUUUCCCCCUCAGCGCACAAAACCACAGAUAUCCACUACAGAUCAUCCUUUAAAAAAUGUCCAUCAUCGUCAUCAAAAAUUUCCAUCUGUGCCUUAUGUGGGAGGCAUUUUACCACAGAAUUCAACUGUAAUUCAGUCUUCCACUAAUUUCAGGAUACAUGGAGAAAGACCUAAGAUUAUCACAAAAGGCUCUCAGAGCAUAUCCAUCCUUGCUGAAACAGAUGCUUUUAUCCCUUGUGAUGCAGUUGGUGAACCCAAGCCUUUUAUUACUUGGACAAAAGUAUCUACAGGAGCUGCAAUGACAGCCAACACCAGGUUACAAAGGUUUGAAGUCUGGAAAAAUGGUACCCUCCUUAUCCGAAAUGCUCAACUUCAGGAUCGUGGGCAGUAUUUGUGCACAGCUCAGAACCUGCAUGGCAUAGAUAAAAUGAUUGUUGUGCUCACAGUUGUAGCCCACCAGCCCAAAAUUUUACUCUCUCGCUAUCGAGAUGUCACGGUCUACUUUGGAGAGACCAUAGCAAUGGAAUGUCAGGCUAGUGGGACUCCAAGCCCACAUAUUUCAUGGGUUUUCCCAGAUAGGAAGAUUUUGCAGACAGUCACCACCACAGAGAGCAGGAUAAUGCUUAAUGAAAAUCGAACCUUGACUAUCAAGCAAGCAACUUUUUCGGAUCGAGGAGUUUACAAAUGCAUAGCAAGCAAUGCUGCAGGAGCUGACAGCAUUGCAGUGAGGCUGCACAUUGCAGCCUUACCCCCCAUCAUCCAGCAGGAAAAGCAAGAGAACAUUUCCUUGUCCCUUGGUAGCAGUAUCAACAUCCACUGCACUGCCAAAGCAGCACCUUCUCCCAACAUCCGCUGGGUGGUCUUUGAUGGCACACAAAUCCGACCUUCUCAGUUUGUCAAUGGGAAUUUAUUUGUUUUUCCCAAUGGAACUCUAUAUAUUCGCAAUGUGUCCCCCAAGGACAGUGGGACCUACGAGUGCAUUGCUGCUAACAUGGUGGGAGCUGCCAGGAGAACAGUACAGCUCCAUGUGAAGAAGCAUGCAUCUAAUGCUAAGAUCACUGGGACCUCUCCUCAGAGAACAGAUGUAACGUAUGGCAGCAUCCUGCAUCUGGACUGUAGUGCUUCUGGUGACCCCUGGCCACGGAUAUUAUGGAGGUUGCCUUCCAAAAGGAUGAUUGAUUCCCUACACAGUACCUUGGAGACUAGAAUCAAGGUAUUCAGCAAUGGGACUUUGGUUGUUAAUUCAGUUACAGACAAAGAUGCAGGAGACUAUUUGUGUGUGGCCCGCAAUAAGAUAGGGGAUGACUACGUGGUCCUCAAAGUGAAUGUGAUGAUGAAACCGGCAAAAAUAGAACAUAAGAAUGAGAAUAACCACAAGGUAAAGUACGGAGGGGACUUGAAAGUUGACUGUGUAGCCACAGGUCUGCCAAAUCCAGAGAUCUCCUGGGGUCUCCCAGAUGGCAGCAUGAUCAACACCUUCAUGCAGUCAGACGACAGCGGCAGCCGGACAAAGCGAUAUGUGGUCUUUGAUAAUGGAACUCUGUAUUUCAAUGACGUCGGAUUGAGAGAGGAAGGGGACUACACCUGCUAUGCUGAGAACCAGAUUGGGAGGGAUGAAAUGAAAGUGCGGGUCAAAGUAGUGGCUGAGCCUGCAACCAUCAGGAACAAAACAUACGUCAUUGUUAAUGUACCCUAUGGCGAUGUUGUCACAGUAGCAUGUGAAGCCAAAGGAGAACCCACUCCCAAAGUGACCUGGCUCUCCCCAACCAACAGGCCUAUUCCUGCCCUAUCUGACAAAUACCAGAUCUAUAGGGAUGGCACCCUCCUCAUCCAAAAGGCCCAAAGAUCUGACAGUGGUAACUAUACCUGUGUAGCACGAAACAGUGCUGGAGAAGAUCGGAAAAUCGUUUGGAUCCAUGUUGACGUUCAGCCUCCCAGGAUCAAUGGUCAUCUCAGUGCAAUAACGUCUGUGAGAGAGACAGCCAUCAGGGACAGCCGGAAACUUAUUGACUGCAAAGCUGAAGGCAUCCCUGCUCCACGGGUCUUAUGGGCUUUCCCAGAAGGAGUAAUCUUACCAGCUCCCUACUAUGGGAACAGGAUCACUGUGCAUCACAAUGGUACAUUGGACAUCAGAGGGGUGAGACAGACAGACGCGGUGCAGCUCGUAUGCAUUGGGCGGAAUGAAGGAGGGGAAGCGAGACUGCUUGUGCAGCUCCUCGUCACAGACCAUUUGGAGAAACCCUCCUUCAGAGACCCUGUCAGUGAAAGGAUCACUGCCAUUGCUGGGCACACUAUCAACCUGAACUGCUCAGUCCAGGGGAACCCCAAACCCAGCACGAGCUGGAUACUUCCCAACGGCUCUGAAGUUCUGAGUGGCAGUCGCCUGAACAGAUUUUACCACAAGAGGGAUGGAAUCUUACACAUCAGCAGCCUGUCUGCUGGGGAUGCUGGGACUUACCGCUGUACAGCCAGAAACCCAGGAGGUUAUGUGGAACGAGUAGUCUUCCUGAAGGUGGGACUCAGGCCAGAAAUUAGCAACCAGUAUAACAACCUGGUGAGCAUCAUCAAUGGAGAAACUCUGCAGCUUCAUUGCAUCACCCAGCCAAACCAGCGGGCGCAGAUCUCCUGGACGCUCCCCAAUGGGAUGGUUAUGGAUGCCCCCCAGGCUGUGGGUCGCUUUUCCCUGAUGGAGAAUGGCUCUUUGACGGUGCGUGAGGCUUCUGUAUUUGACAGGGGCACUUACCUGUGCAAGGUGUCAACAGAGUAUGGCACUUCUGUUAUGACUGUGCCUGUCAUUGUGAUAGCCUAUCCUCCCCGGAUCACCAGUGAGCCAGCACCUAUCAUUUAUGCCAGACCUGGAAAUUCAGUCAAGCUGAACUGCAUGGCCAUUGGGAUUCCUAAAGCAGAAAUAACAUGGGAGCUUCCAGAUAAAUCACAUCUGACAACAGGAGCUCAAUCCCGUCUGUAUGGAAACAAAUUCCUCCAUCCUCAGGGGUCAUUAGUCAUCCAGCAGUCCACUCAAAGAGAUUCAGGCUUCUAUAAAUGCAUUGCUAAAAAUAUACUAGGCAGUGAUUCGAAAACAACCUACAUACACAUAUUCUAACACUAAAACAAAUGCCUUUGGCUGGAUACCAGUGUUCAAGUCACUGCCAAACGAGUGCAAUGAGGAAAGUACUGCUUGCAGCAAGGCCAGGAAGGCUGAGGGCAGAAAAAAAAGGAAUUAAUCUGCAUUGCUUUUGUACUCAAUAUGGUAGUAAGUCCCUGCAAUAAAAGGAGGCAUUAGACAUACUGGAACUGAGGAGACUAACAGGUUGAAAAAGGUCUUUAAAUUGUUAAGACAGAGUAAUGUGGUUUUUCAUGCUAUCCAAUAGCAUCCGAGGCCUAAAGUACUCUAUUCUUGUCAAUAGUCCAAAACUAUUUCUUGUUCUAACAAGCACCUUAAAAGUACCAAAGAAGUAUUAACUUUUAAUAAAUGAGCUGCAGUGAUAGAAGUGCUUUAGUAAAACAUAAUUUUCUUUAAACCCUGCAGCACCUUUACGUAAUCUAGCCUUAUAGAAUAUGAUUACUAACCUUUCUGUUCAUGCUUCUAUCAGCUCUUCAAAAUCAAAGACUAACUUAGCAAAUGAGAGUGAUCUAUUUCAAUAAAAAUACAUGCAGAGGUUAGCUACCUUAACAUAUGAACAAACAUUUGCCAGCUACUAAGGAUGCUAUGGUCAAAUAAUUCAUUAUAUAUUUUAUAUAUAUUUUUUAAUCUGACUAUGAGACUAGAAAGAGUAGCAAUGAACUUGGUCUCAUUUUAUAAAUUAUUGGUCUUUACAAGACUCUGAUACAUUACUAUGUUUUAUAAUAUUAAGGUCAAUAUACUGUACAUUUUAUAAUAAAAAAUAUUUUCCAAAGAAUGUAUUCCCUGUGAUUUUGUUUUUUGGUUUUUUUUUUUUUUUUUUGAGUAAACAGGGAACUCCAAACAGUGAGAGUAUGAAGUUAGAUCAAAAAAGCGGUAGUAAUGUAGUGUUAUACAUAUUUGUAUUUGAACCAAUUUAUAUUGGGUUCAUUUAAAAAUGUUUUAGGGAAGACAAAUUAGUAUAAUUGUUUAUCUUUCUAAAAGUGAUUUAUUAAUAGAAACUUAUGUAUAUUUCAGCCUAUAUUUAUACUUUUUCUUCAGUCAAGGAUGGUUUAUUGGAUAAUGUGCAUAAUUUUAUGAACAUUUAUCAAUUGUGCUAUAGAAAUAGUUGCUACAAGAUGCUGAAUAUGCCCAUGUUUUGACAAACUAUUCCAGUCAGAAUUUUGCAAAUGUUAACUUACUUUUAAACAUACGGAGUCUCUCAGAUAUUCCUGAAUUCUUAUAGUUUUGAUUGAUCAUAAAACUUACACUUACAUUUUAGAAUAUGAUGAGAAUAAAAGCUUUAUUUUUAUUUUCUCUAUUGACCAAAACAUGUCAGAAAAUAGUAGAGAGUGUUAUGCUAAUAUUUACAUUUUGCAAAAGCUGUAAGCAAGGAUUUCCUUGCCCCACAAAUUUAUCCAGUUUAGGAAAAUUGUAAGCUAUUGCAAAAUGUGAACUUAUCAUAAUGGUAAACAGAACCGAGCUACUUAAAGUAAAAAGUAUUUUAUUAGAACAUGGAUGUAGAAUUAAAUGACAAGGACCUUGCUGAAGAUACAAUGAGUAUAAUUUAUGUGAUAGAAUAUUUUAUAAAAUAUUUUAGAAGUCAGGGCAGACUAAAAAUCUGUAGCUUGUGCACAAGCAUUUAUUAAAAUUGUGGUUAUGUUACUGGCCUAACUAAACAGCACUUAAUUAUGUCUUAGUUUCUUUUUUGUGGUUUAAACUCUUGGGCUCUAAAUCACCAAAUCAGUGCUCAAGGGGAAGCAUGUGCCUACCUUGCAGGGAGGUAGCUGCUUGUGAGAGUAGUUAAUGAAGAAAGAAAAGAUUUUUAACUAGAUUGCUCAUGUGGUGUUUUCUAAGCUGGCUAUGUUUCCUUGAAUAUAUCAGAGAUUAGAUAUGUCUUUAGAUCCUUUUCUUAAUUUUAGCACUUUUUAAAAAUUUUAUAUUAGUUCUUGGAAAACAGUCAUACAAUUUUUAAUAAUAAUACAUCUUGUAGAAGAGUCUGAAGUCAGCAUUUGGCAAUGAAGUAGGAGUCAAGCACUUUUAUUCAUUUGUCUGUCCAGCCUUUGCUUAGCAGUUAUUUGAUUUUAGAGGUAUUCUUGGGUGCUGAAUAACUUCUAUAUAUUUCCAUUAAGUAAAUUUUUAUUUUUUAUGUUAAAGGAAGAAAAUGGAAUCCAAAAUCAAACAUUUGAUCUUUUGAGAUUAGAGAAAGCAUCUGAUCAUGUUUCCUCAGUCCAGAAUUUCCCCAGCUGCCAGUGGAAGUUUUGGAGGCUAAGAAAUUGAAAUCUUUGGCUCAAGAAAUCUUUCAGCUCAAGAAAUUUUCUUAAGUCAAGACUUGCAUGCUUGCAAAAUUUCAUCAAAAUUGGACUUAACAUUUUUUUUAACGUGUUAUAAUUUCCAUUAUACUUUUAUGAAAACAUGCUUCCAUUGAGAGGCCUAUAAAAUAUAAUUUUCUUCCAAAAUACAGCUUAAAAAAUGUCAUAUGAGCACUUUUUACACUCAAGCAGUGUUUGCCCAUAUGUCAUGUCUGUCAUACUCUUUCUCUGCUGAUAUACCAUACGAGAAGACUAAAAAAACACUAAAGCUGUAGUUGAGGAAACAUAAAAUAGUGAAACUCUGGUAUUAAGAGAAGUACUUUGUUUAACUCAUUACAAAACAAGCAGUAUAAGAGCAUUUGUAGAGUAACACAGUGAUAAGAAGCAGCUGCUCUGAGUGUUUCUGCAACAAAUCAUAUAACAACAAUCUAGUUACCUUCUCACAAAAGUAACUAAUCCAGAAUAUGGAAAGAGAUAAUUGGAAUGGUAUAUCUUACUUUAGCAGGUUUCUUUUUAAAUAGUCAUAUGGGAUAUUGUCAUGUCCAAACAAAAGAAAUGUGAUUUAUCUAUUGUGAAGUGGGAAGAUAAAUGUUACAGAGAAGUCAUAAGUAACUUGUUGUCAAUUAGGAGAACCUGUGAACUGAGUCCAGCUUAGGUCUGGUACCUUUCCACAAUUAUUAGUGUCUAUCAGGUAUAAAGCACACACUUUGAAAAUAUGUGAAUAAUAUGAGACCAAAAGAUAUUAAAGUACACAGGACUGAAUUGCAGUUCCAGGUGAUCUUUCUGAAUUGGUGAAAUACUUGGAAAUAAAAAAAUAAAUUAAAAAAAGAAGGAAAAAACCACACAACCCCCCCCACUAAUGAAUACAAAUGUGAAUACACAUAAACAGCAAACAGUAAAGAAAAAGUAGUUGUACAAGUUAACAUGAUAUUUCAAGCAAAACAUUUUCACUUUGAAAUCUAUUCAUGAUGACUGUGUGAAUGAACAUAAUGGAGAUACUCUUUUUGCAGUCAGGCUCAAAUACAAAUAAAUUGGAAAGAAUCCAAGGACACGAUUUAGAAAAGAUAAUCUGUAAGGAUAAGUUGAAAUAAGAUGAGCUUGUUCUGCCUAAGAAAAGAAGGCUAAGUAUUAAAUACAACAGUUAAGAAAAUGUGUGGUCCUUAUAGAAACAGUGAUGAGUUGUUUUUCAGGUUCACUGAGGUUAGUAUGAGAAACUUACUCCAAGCUAGCUCUAGGCUAGGUACCAAGAAAACUUUGUAACUGUAAGAACAGGUGAACCAUGUAUCACUUUUCUUGAGAACAUUUUGAAAUUUCUGUCUUUGGAAAGAGUUAAAAAGAUUUUAGUCUGACAACUGUAACAGAUAGUCAACAUCAAUGUCCAAGAAACUGAGAAAUUUUAUGGUUUCUUUACAUUUACAUUUCUGUAUUUCCUAGAUUUUCCUAGGACUAUGGUAGACAUUGAUUGUAUACACUGAUAAAAGACAGAUUUGUGUGAUAA